UGUGGAUAUUCGAAUGCUUAUUAUGCUUUCUAAAAUACACGUUGUUGCUCAUCACAAAAGUUUAAAUUAUCUAACAAACAUAUUAUAUUGACCCAGAAGAUGACAAUCCACAAAAUAAAAGAAACGCUUUUGCUUUUCUCCCCGAAUAAAACACAUUCGCUCGAAUAAGUUUUCCCCCUUUAUCCGUAGUGGAAGCCAAGCCACAACACAACUUAUAUUAUAUAUUGUUGAACCACAUUAACACAAAAUUUAUAUGUCAAAAAAGUAUUAUUCGACCAUAACCAAUAUGAUCAGCUUCCAUAUAUUUGCUGACUCAGAGUUUGAACACAGAUAUUAUAACGUUGCUUUUUCAUGAUUGUUCAUUUGUUUGGUUUUUAGUUUCAUGUACUAAAAAUAAGACAGAUAAAAUGGACCAAGUCCAUGUGCAUUGUUCUCUCGACGAGAUCGGACUUGAGUAGACCCUCGUGCAGAAUAUUGGGCCCCACUAUUAUCCACACGCUUCUGGCCUCCUAACUCACACGUGUAUGAAAAUCGACACCGUUGGUCAAAGCUCCCAUCAAACUCAGAUCUAACGGUUACGACAUUUGACCGAGCAAGACACUCUUUGAUUUUUGACCCUAUACCAAACAAUUAGUUGAAUUUCUGUGAAUUAUUUCAUAUUAAAUACAACAUUUAAUUCUCUCUAUUAUUUUGUACUAUUAAAUACAACAUUUAAUUCUUAUAUUUGACCUCUCAACUGUACAACUAAUAUUUUUUGCUAAUAAACUACCAUAGUAUUACAUGAAACUAUUAUGUCUUGGGAAUAUAUAGGACCGAAUGUUUUUUCGUAUGUGUAAAGAUAAAGAAUAUAUCAAGAAAACUAUAUAGUAUGUUUAUAGGUUCAAAACGGUGACGCAAGCGUGCGUUUGACUCUGUCUUUAAAACCACCACCACUCACUUCCUUCCCCCACCUUUCACUUAACACAACAAUAGCAUCAUCAUCUCUAACUUUAUUUUUCCCGCAUUUUCUCUUCAGACUUUCUCUGAUUAUUUUUUCAACGAAACGAUGGGGAGAGAUGAAACCGAGAUGUACAUUACGGUGCCUACCUUCUUCAAGUGUCCGAUAUCUCUCGACGUUAUGAGAUCUCCCGUUAGUCUCUCCACCGGCGUCACCUACGAUCGUCCAAGUAUCCAGCGGUGGCUCGACGGAGGCAACAACACUUGUCCCGCCACUAUGCAGAUUCUCAAAUCAAAGGAUCUCGUUCCUAACCUCACUCUCCAACGGCUUAUCAAAGCCUGGUCCGACUCCGUCGGUAGUCCCACCGCCGCUAGCUCUCCGGAUCCGGCGUCUGCUCGAGGGAUCCCGACGGUGGAAGAAGUGAAUGAUUCGUUGAUGAGACUGAGUCAAGAGAAGGACGACGAGAUUCGUCUGGAGAUUCUAACGAGAAUCGUUCGGUUCGUUAAAGAUUCGGAAGCGAACAGAGAGUUUCUCUCCGGGAAAGAGGAUCUCGUACCAAUGCUCGUCGAUAUCGUCUCCGCUGCGACGACGGCGAAGAUCAAGCUAGCUUUUAUAGCGAUUAAGGUUUUGGAUACUAUAAUCAAGAAAGGUAACGAGGGAGAUCGAGAGCGGUUAUCGAAACUGAUGUUGUUGACCAACGGUGGAGAUUGCUUGACGGCGAUUCUCCUCGCGAUUCAGCGCGGGGAUCUAGAAUCGAAGAUCGAAGCCGUUAGUGUUUUGGAGGUUAUCGCAUCCUACGACGCGAAAUCGAAGACGAUGAUCGCAGAGCGCGAGGGGAUUCUAACGGAGCUAAUCAAAUCAAUCAGCACAGAGUCGGAUCCUAAUUUGAUCGAAGCGAGUUUAUCAUUCCUAAUCACAAUCUCGAAAUCAAAACGAGUGAGAUCGAAACUAAUCGCGGCGAAAACGAUCACGAGGAUCAAAGACAUUCUACUAACGGAGGAGACGACGAGCGUCGCGGUGACGGAGAAGUGUCUGAAGUUGCUGGAGAUACUAUCGUCAAAGCGGGAAGGUAGAUCGGAGAUUUGCGAAGGUGGAUGCGUGGAGGGAGUGGUGAAGAAGCUGUUGAAAGUAUCGACGACGGCGACGGAGCACGCCGUGACGAUUUUGUGGUGUUUGUGCCACGUGUUUAAGGAAGAUAAGACGGUGGAGGAGACGGUGGAGAGGAGUAACGGCGUGACGAAGCUGUUAGUGGUGAUUCAGAGCAACUGCUCGCCGAUGGUGAGACAAAUGGCGAAAGAUCUGAUAAAGGUUUUGAAGGUUAAGUCAUCUGCUUCUGCUUUGGCUGCUUACCAGACCAAGACCACUCAUAUUAUGCCAUUUUGAUUUUUGUUAUAAUAAAUCUUUUUUAGUGGAGAUAUGUUACAGUCAACUGUUUUGAAUGUAGAUUUCGUGUAAAUCUUUUUUGCUUAGUGUGAUCAGUUUUACUAAUAUUCAUUUUUUCAUUCUCGUUUC